AUGGCGCGAGGGACCGGAAAUGCUAACACACAGCGGGAUUCUCCCGACACUUGGGACAUCCGCUUACAAAGCAGGCAGGUCCCUCUAGCCGCUGCUGCGGCGUCGACGGCCGACUCUUUGGUGCUGCGGCGCCGCCUGGCCUCGCAGCUUCCCGCCGUUUCAUUGUUCGCAGCUCGCCGCUGCAUCAGAGCCCUAGGGACCGCCGCCGCCGCCGCCGCCGCCGCCGCCGCCGCCGCCACCUCGGAGCGGAUGCUUUGUUUGCAUGCACACCAGGUCAGAGGCGGUGCAGGCGCGGACGUAGACGGGUGUCCGCGGGGCACGCAGCGCUGGCCGGCUCUGGCAGUUAAUAUUGAUCGUCCUCCACCCCCACCCCCGCCCCCUCCCCCGUGA